CUCUCCUCCCGCCCCAUCGCCUCAUUUCUCUUCAUAGCUGAUUAUUCUGCUGGAGAAGAAACAUUUGAUUUCUGUCUAGCGCCAUUGCGAUCGAGUAUUUUGGGGGGAUUUUGACCGGAGAGGCUGAAACUGAGCAACUUAACAUGCUGGCACUUGUUCAGUCUGCGUUUUACAUGCAGAUGCGCUGAACUGGAUUUAACUCAUCAUUUGACCAUGGGAGCUGCUGGACACCGAUAACGGUUGGAAUAAAGGCGAUUCAUUGGAAGUAAGCGCGACGUUUGGCAGUAGUGUAUCAUCUAAGCACUUUGGAUGCAGAUUGAAAAUAAUGCUACUGGAUCCGCUGCGAAAGUAUCAGAGGAAGACUGGUAAACUUCAAUAUACAGAACAAAUACAGACGAUCUCACUAACUGAACCAGUUGCUUUGGUUUGAAUACUGGACGUAAAUCUCAGAUGACUGGGACAGUAUGUCAGCGUUUUAAAUUUGCCUCAGAAGACUAGAGGAUCCUACAGGAUAAGCAUCCACAUGCUACUGAGAGGAACAGAGACACGGGAGGAUGUCAACAGAGGCAGAACUUCAAGCAGAUGUCAAACUCACUGUCAAGAAGGAGUCCAGAAGACGAGGUCGGGAUCGCAGCGAGCAGGCCUUGAUUCAGCGCUUCAGGGGCGAAGGCGUCAGUUAUAAGGCCAAGCUGAUUGGGAUUGAUGAUGUGACGGCCACACGCGGAGACAAGCUGUGUCAGGACUCCAUGAUGAAGCUGAAGGGAAUUGCUGCUUCAGCGCGGUCGAAAGGGAACCACAAACAGAGAAUCUUCUUGACUGUGUCUUUUGGUGGAAUCAAGAUUUAUGAUGAGAGAUCAGGGGUCUUACAGCACCACCACUCUGUACAUGAAAUCUCCUACAUUGCCAAAGACACAAGGGACCAUCGCGCCUUCGGCUACGUGUGUGGAAAAAAAGGCAACCACAAAUUUGUGGCAAUCAAGACCAGCCAUUCGGCAGAGCCAGUUAUACUGGACCUGCGUGACCUUUUCACCCUCGUCUACGACAUCAAACAGAGGGAGGAGUCCGAGAAAAAAGCUCAGAAGGACAAGCACUGUGAACAAGCCGUCUAUCAGACGAUUCUGGAAGAUGAGAUUGACGAUCCAGUGUAUCAGUACAUUGUGUUUGAAGCCGGACACGAGCCCCUCCGUGGCCACCAAUCAGAGGAGAGCGUUUACCAGGUCCCCACAAGUCAUCAGAAAGACGGGAUCUAUGACGUUCCAAAACAACAUCUAAUGACUAAUAUAAACCAGUUUGAUAUUUUCGGUGACAUGGCAACCCCCCCAGACAUCCUUUCUAUGCCAGCGUCACCUGCUACCACACUGGAUCCUGGAAGGAGGCGACAUCAACAUCGCCCCGAACUCUUCACCCAUUUUAGCCCACCGGCUGUGCCCUCAGGUUAUAUGACCAUGGGUGCUAUCCAGGCUGCUCACUGGACCCAACAGUCGUUUGCUACACAGGCUGCUCCAAUGGCCUUUGGGGUUCAGGGACCAUUGCAGGUGGCCCAGAUGCUUCCUGGAGGCCAGCCUGUGAUCUGGGGUCAGGCUAACCUCUUCCACUCUCCAGCCACAGGCCAACAGCAAUGGGCGUUUGUUCCAGCCCAGACAGUUGGCAUGGGGGCGCAUCCGAUUCCAGCCGCAGUGCUUCAGGGUCUGGUCCCUAUAGCUGCCAUGCGCCCUCACUCCUGUGAACCUCCUGAGACUUCAUCAAACAUUAUGAGUCCUCAGCAUGUUGUAGAUUCUACCCUACAGCAAAGUGAAUCUAAAAAUGUCCUAAACGAGGACCCCCAGGAAGAAGCGAUAGCUCUUCAAAUUGGCACAAGUAAACAGGAAAUGGACCGCUGUGGUGAGCUUGAUCUUUCACAGCUGAGGUUGACUUCAGGGUCUUCAAUAUCACCAUCCCCAACUAAUUCUUGUGCUACUCCUGGACUGGAGCAGGAAACCAUGUCCCCAGCAGCUGAACCCUCAAUAGAGUCAUCACUUUUGACUGCAAAAGACACCUUAGUCAAUGUGCCAGAAGCUUCGGAAGCCUGUGCUCAAACUCUCAGCCCUGAUGACAUACCACCAGAUGCUCAGAUAAGCCUUCCAGAUUCUUCACAGCUGGAUGUCCAAAGAGAGAUGGCUUCUGGUGCUGUAGUGCUUUGUCGUUCAGAAGACAGGACCGCUGUACAAGUGCCUAAAGACCCUGUGGACUGUUCACUGUCUGAAUGGUCCCCAUGGACUCGUUGUGACCCCUGCCAUAAGAAGAGGUAUCGCUAUGCCACGGUGGUUCAGCCGUCUGAGUUUGGAGGAGAGCUGUGUCAUAAUCACGGCCGAGAAGACGAACCCUGCACUGCUCCAUCACGAUACUCCUGCCAGAAACCCAUUCCUCGAUGUCAGGGCUUUCGCUGUACUAUCACAGGCCGCUGUGUGCUGGAGGGUCUGCGCUGUAAUGGCGAUGAUGACUGUGGUGAUGGUUCGGAUGAACUGGGCUGUAAUAAAGUGUACAAAGUCUGUAAUCAGCCAACCGAGGAGUAUUAUGGAAUCGAGAAUCUUGCCAAAGGAUUGAACAUUUUGAAUGGUAAACUGGAAGCAGUGGUGCUCGAUAACCGAUACUAUGCUGGCAGCUGCUUGCCUUAUUUCAUCCAAGAUGUUCGCUACAGGAAGCCAUAUAAUAUACAGCAGUACACAAUAGAGACAAAAGGCUCUUAUGAUUUCACACUGAAGGCAUACGAAUCUUACAGUGAAUACUUCCAGAGUGAAACCAAGGCAACUUUGUCCAAGACCAGCGUCUCAUUUGGAUUUGCUUUUCCUAGUGUUUUUGAGCUCAGUUUUAAUUAUAAUGACCACAAGUACAAGAAGUCAGUGAAGAUGAUGCGCAACUUUUCAGGGACGAAAAAGAAAUUUCUCCGAGCUCAUGCUGAACUUGAGGUUGCACGCUACGCUUUAAAGACGUCAGACCUGAUUUUACACCCUGAUUUCCAGUCCCGUUUGCAAGCGCUGCCACUGGAAUACACGUUCGGAGAGUAUCGACAGCUAUACACUGACUACGGGACACAUUUCAUCAGAGAGGCGACUCUCGGUGGAGAUUUUGAAUAUACCAUUAUCCUCAAUGAGGAGACAAUAGAGAAAGCUGGUUACACGCUUGAAGACGUCAAGAAAUGUGUGCAGGUUGGGCUCAGAGUUGGAGCCCAAAUUUAUGGUGUGUAUGUGGGUGUAGGACUUUCAGUUGGUGGCUGUGCAGGGCUGCUGAACGAGCUUGGAGAUUCCAGUAAAGACAAGGAUGUGGUGGAAGAUGUGUUUAUUGUAGUGAGAGGUGGUGACAGUGAAACGGUCUCACGUCUAGCUGCAAAACAGCUGCCGACUCCAGACGUCAUGCAGUUGUGGGGCGACGCUGUGUUCUACAAUCCAGAUUUUAUUCGCAAAAAGAUAGAACCACUCUAUGAGUUGGUGCCGUCACGAGAACCGAAUGCUAACAUCUUGAAGAAAAACCUGAGGAGAGCUCUGGCCGAGUACCUGAAAGAAAUCAGCUCCUGUCGCUGCUCACCCUGCCUCAAUAACGGCAUGGCAGUGCUCAGAGGCUCAAGGUGUGUUUGUAUUUGUCCAGCUGGUUUCAGAGGAGUGAGCUGUGAGAUAACCCAACGAAAAGCAUCGGCAGUAGAUGGCAGUUGGAGCUGUUGGUCUUCAUGGUCCACCUGCACACAAAAGACCCAGAAACGCACCCGGCAGUGUAACAAUCCAGCGCCGCAGAAUGGUGGAGUAACAUGUUCUGGGCCUCAAGAGGAAUCAGCCGAUUGCUGAUUAUCUGCCAUUUGGGGAAAAAAAAUGUAUUAAAAAGUACAAUUAAAUGUUGUUGAGUACAUUGAUAAAGUAUAUUGCCAAUUAUAGAGGGCACAUCCAAAUAAAUCAUUUUCUUUAAACAGAGCUAUAAUAAAUGGAAAAAAGCUGAAGAAAUGACACAUAAAAAACAAAAAACUUUUA